AUGGGCGCGGUACGAAUUUUCAUGGUGGCCCUGCCAUUGAUUCUUGCCGUUUGUUCCAUUAUCGCCAUUCUGUUUACUGCCCUUUCUGGAGUCUCUCAUGACCAGCUCUGGCUAGUUCAGGUCGACCUAACGAAGCUGUCGAUAAAUCCUGCCGACACAUACAACGGUACCAAUGGUCAAGGCCACGAUCCUGUUAAAGCCAAGAACAACAUUACGGCGGGUGAUCUUGGCCUCAGCAGUGUAUACGAGGUGAAUGUAUGGGGGUACUGUUACACAAAGAGCGAUGGCCAUCGUCACUGUACGAAGGCUCGGUUUGACUGGGCAUCGUCAAGCCUGGACGAUUACCGCACGGAAGAAGGACUUGACUCAACCGCAAGUGAUAAAGUCACGCUACCCAAAGAAAUCAAGGAUUCACUAAACCUCUUCCGCAACAUUACUAAAGGUGCACAAGUGGCUUUGAUUACAUGUCUACUUGCCCUAGGCGUGAUGCUUGUUGUCGGCGUCUUCGGCCUGUUUUCAGCCACUGUAUCCUAUUUGACGUCGAUUCUGGCAUGCAUUACGGUUGUUUUGGUUUGCGCGGCGGCCGGCCUAGUCUCAGCCAUGGCAGCUAUCGUUAUGGAGGCGGUCGAAACUGAUGCGAGAGUUUACGGCGUGGCUGGUAACACUGGCACUAGGUUCCUGGCCAUUUCUUGGAUUGGCGUUGUUUUGGUUAUUGCGGUCGCCGUCAUCUGGCUGGUAAAAGCCUGCUGCAGUAAAUCCCGCCGCCGGCACGAAAAUAGAGCCACUUUCCAUGCCGCUAGGAGCGAUAAAGCAGCUUCGUUGCCCUAG